UCAUCACACUUCUCUUCCUCUUUCUUUCUUUCGGCACCUCCUUUCUUCUUCUUCGCCCUCAUCUCUUUCCUUCUCCGAUCCCUAUUUAACGUCUUCGACGAGUAGGAAGCUUAAAAUAUCUAAUCUCUUAUGUGUUGCCCACGAGAAAAGAAAAAUCCUCUUUCACCUUGAUAUUUUUUUGCAUGAAGAGAUUCUAAAACUCUUGUCUCACUCUCUGGUUUAGCUAUGACUACUAUAACGAGGCUUCAAGUAUUCCCACGAUGUCUGGAACACCGCCUCGGAUUCAUGGAUCAUCAACGGGUCGGGUCAAGAUUGAACUGUAGAGGCAAUAGGGUUUAUGUGCAUCGGUGUGAGGGUGAUUCAGAAGACAAAAAGGUCGGAAGACAGAUAAAGCGUGAGAAAAUCAUCAAGGGAAAAGGGUUGUGGAGUUCUCUCAAAUCUGGUGUCUUUGGUGUUAGUAAGUUAGGGUUCUUAUCUAAGGAUGAGUAUACUCAGAAAAUCCAAAAAUUAGAGAUCGUUUUCUCUUCGAUUGCUGUUCAAAUUGCGAGAUAUAUUGUUACGAUGACAAGCACUGGAGCUAUUCUCUUAAUUGGGUUUCAGUUGUCAGGUGGAGAUAAUUCGAUGAACUCAUUGGUUUGGUAUAGCUGGCUUGGUGGAAUUAUCAUUGGAACCAUGACUGGUGCUAACAUGGUUUUAGAAGAUCAUUACCGAGCCGGUCCACGCAAUGUUGUUAUAACCGGAAGUACGAGGGGACUAGGAAAAGCUCUUGCUAGAGAGUUUCUUCUCUCUGGAGAUAGAGUGAUCGUUACAUCUCGCAGUUCUGAAUCGGUUGAUAUGACUGUCAAAGAGCUUGAACAAAACCUCAAGGAGAUAGUGAGUAACGCCAGUGAAUCAGCUAGAAAGAAACUGGCUGAUGCUAAGGUGGUUGGUAUUGCAUGUGAUGUUUGUAAACCCGAGGACGUUGAGAAAUUGUCAAAUUUCGCUGUAAAAGAGCUUGGUUCCAUCAACAUAUGGAUCAACAAUGCUGGUACUAACAAAGGGUUUAGACCACUGCUCGAUUUCACGGAAGAAGAUAUCAAACAGAUCGUCUCCACAAAUUUGAUUGGAUCGAUUCUAUGCACACGAGGGGCGAUGGAGGUGAUGAGUAGACAGGACAACGGUGGGCACAUCUUUAACAUGGAUGGUGCAGGUUCAGGAGGUUCUAGCACUCCUCUCACAGCCGUAUAUGGGUCAACAAAAUGUGGACUUAGACAAUUUCAUGGCUCUAUUGUGAAAGAGUCGCAAAAAACAAAAGUUGGCCUGCACACUGCUUCCCCUGGCAUGGUUUUAACUGAACUUCUUCUUAGUGGUUCGAGCAUAAAAAACAAGCAGAUGUUUAACAUAAUAUGUGAGCUUCCGGAGACAGUGGCUAGAACGCUAGUACCACGAAUGCGUGUUGUGAAAGGUUCAGGAAAAUCAGUCAAUUAUCUAACUCCUCCAAGGAUAUUGCUUGCCAUUGUCACUUCAUGGCUCAGGAGAAGCAGGUGGUUCGAUGACCAAGGACGGGCGUUAUAUGCAGCGGAAGCAGACAGACUAAGGAACUGGGCAGAGAACAGGACGAGGUUUUCGUUAACAGACGCGAUGGAGAUGUAUACAGAGAAUACUUGGGUCUCUGUUUUCUCUCUUUCUGUUGUUUGUGCCUUUAUCAUCUUAUCAAGCACCACUCCUAGCUCUUUCCCAGGCACAUGA